CUGUGAAGGCCGGGAAGUGGUAUAGGAGGAAGAUUCAGAGAUGGGCUAUGUGAGCAGCAAUGGAAGAAGAUAGUGACUUUAGGGGAGUCGGGCUCUACUAAUCCCCAGAGCCAAAAGGGAAACCGUAUCCACACCUCCCUCUGAGCUUCCUUCCUGCAGGUCAACCAGCCCCAGCAGGAACAGAAAAGGUGCUACACCCAGGGCCAUGGCCCUGCCUGAGGGCCUGGCAAAUGGCAGCCUCCCUGAAGGGGACUCCAGCCCAUCCACAGACACUCCAGGACCCAGCCAGGACCUAGCCAGCCCCACUGCCCGCAGGCGGGCCCUCCUCCGUGAGCUGGAGGCCCAGGUGCAGGCUGCCUAUGGGCAGGACCGGGAGCUGAGACCAGAGGAGAUAGAAGAGCUGCAGGUCGCCUUCCAGGAGUUUGACCGAGACCGGGAUGGCUACAUCGGCUACCGGGAGCUGGGUGCCUGCAUGCGGACGCUGGGCUACAUGCCCACGGAGAUGGAGCUCAUUGAAAUAUCACAGCAGAUCAGUGGUGGGAAGGUGGAUUUUGAAGAUUUUGUAGAGCUGAUGGGUCCCAAGCUGUUGGCAGAGACUGCGGAUAUGAUUGGCGUGAGGGAGCUUCGAGACGCCUUCCGGGAGUUUGACACUAAUGGAGACGGCUGCAUCAGCGUGGGGGAGCUCCGGGCAGCCCUCAAGGCUCUGCUGGGGGAGCGCCUCAGCCAGAGGGAGGUAGAUGAGAUACUCCAAGACAUCGAUCUCAAUGGAGAUGGCUUGGUUGACUUUGAAGAAUUUGUUCGGAUGAUGUCUCGAUGAGCCUGUAUAGAAGCUGGAGUGGACCAGCCUGGAGGACCACAGCCUCUGAGCCACAGAGGAUCCCAUGUAUUCCUGGAAACUCAUUACGAAUCAGACUGUGUGCCUCCUCCCACCCCUGCCUGGGCACAGUGCCCUCUCCUGUCACCACCCUUAGCUCUCCCUGGUUCUCUGACAAUAAAGCAUUUUCCAGCUUGU